CUAUACAUCUAUACACUAAAUGGACCCAUUUAAAAACCACUUUCCGUUCUUUUUUUUUUUUAUAAUUUUAAUGGACUACAUUCAACACUUUCCAUUUCAAUUGCAUUCCAGAGUCGGAAGGAGGAAACAAAUAUAGAUUGAAGAAGGAAACUGUAACUACUUUACUAUGUCUCUUGUGGUUCACUCUCAUCUUCCACUUCCAUCCACUUUGUGGAAAUCGAAGCAGAAAAUUAGGUUAAACCCGCUAUCGUCACCCUCAUUCAUAGCCAGCAGAAGCAGCAGAAAUUUCGGGUGCAGUGCUAUUAAUAUGAAUUAUAAUAAUAAGAAUGAUAGCAGUAAUUCUUCAAAUGGGGUCACAUGGUGUUUCUUCAAUCCAGCGAAAGACCCCAUCAUUCAAGAAGCUCUCAAGCGCUUUCCCUAUGCUGAUUCGCUAAUGAUUGAGUUCUCAACAGACGAAACUGCAGGUGGAAGACGGAUUAAAGGGUGGCGUGUUUGCAGGUAUUUUGAGGCUUGAUUUGAAUGAGGAGCCACUGAAGGAAUGGAUUACGAGGACUGUGGAAGCUGCUGGUAUUAGUGAAGAAGAAACUGGUGCAGAAGGCUCAACAACUGAAGCAGCUCCUCAAGAGAUUCAGAUUGAAUAAUCACUGGAAUUGUUUCUUCUGUAUACAAGUUUUUAUGAAACCAUACUGAUAAUGCAAUAAAAAUUGGUUCAAUUUGAUUAUAGGCAUUAAAAGCAGGUAUCAUGAAAUCUCAAAUCUGUAUGUCUAUCGUUACUGGGAGGGGGAAAAACGGUAAGAUACUGGCUAUAGCUGUAUCUUAGUGAAAAAUCAAUAAAUAUUCAAACCCCAUAUUGAAAAUAA